AUGAGUGGGAAAGGAGAGUUGGUGGUGGUGGAGGUGAGGAAGACGGAAGUGGUGGCGGUAGCGUUGCCGAUGCGUGUGCAUUUGCUACCGCUUUCCAACCAUGACUUGCUCUUGCCUCCUGUCGACGUUGGUGUGUUCUUUUGUUAUAAAAAUCCAACCACCACCACCACAAGACUCAUUGGAAAAGAAGGGGGCUUAAUGUUGUUCACAUUUGCCUCCAUGAUCGGUGUUUUGAAGAAGGCCAUGUCUCAAGCUUUAGUUUCUUACUAUCCAUUUGCUGGGGAGGUUGUGCACAACACUGUGGGUGAACCUCAGCUUCUGUGCAACAACCGUGGAGUGGACUUCAUUGAAGCUUUUGCCCAUGUAGAGCUUCAAGGUCUCAAUUUCUACAACCCUGAUUACAGCAUUGAAGGUAAGCUGGUGCCUAAGAAGAAGCAAGGGUUGCUCUCGGUUCAGAACGGAAAGAAUCUCUUUCCUUUUGCUUUCAUCUUGUGGGCCCCCAAUCCAUUCUUCUUUUGCAACAUAUUGACCAGAAGGCACACUUAA